AUGUUGCUUCUUUUGGUACUCCUCGGUACUGUUGAUUGCUACUUGAUGAAUAAUCCCGAGCCAUCAACAUCUGAACAGGAUCUUGCUGGUCAAGUUCAGACAUUGAUGGCGAAUAUCAUAAGUCUUCAAAAUGACGUCAGCGAUUUGAAGAAUCAGAUAUCGUUGUUAAGUGCCAAGGAUAAAAGCGUUGCCUUUUUCGCUUAUCUGACCACCGACCUUGCAAAUCUUACAAAGGGAACCAGUUUGACCUUUUCCGGUAUGAGGACUAACGUAGGAAAUGCUUAUGAUCCAUUUCACGGAAUUUUUGACGCGCCUGUUUCUGGAACCUAUAACUUCGCCUUUACCGGUUCCGCAACACCAGAAUCACAGGAUCACGGUCUACAUAUUUUUCUUAAGAAAAAUGGAAUUAAUGAGAUGUACAUUUUCUUCGACCAUAAUAAGCAGGAAUGGAUUCAACAUGGAGGCUCUGUUGUGCUCCAACUCGAGAAAGGUGAUAGAGUUUGGCUGGAGGUUGGACAGCAGUGGGGGAUAAAUGUACUCGCGGGCAGUCGAGCUAGUGACUACGCCUACCACAGUCAUUUCUCGGGCUUUCUGAUUCAAGCAGAUUAA